AAGCAGACAGGUAUAUAGGCCUGCCCUCUGACCCUGACCUCAUUCUCUUAACCCGUGUUCUGCUACCAGGCCAGGCCCAGACACCAAGGACGGAGACACUGACUAGGGAGGCUCUGUUCCCUGGCCAUCUUUCCCACUGUUGCUACCAUGAAGCUGCUAGCGAUGGCUACGCUGCUCUUUACUAUCUGUACCCUUGAAGGGGCUUUGGUUCGGAGACAGGCGGAGGAGCCGAACCUGGAGGGCCUGGUCUCUCAGUACGUCCAGACUCUGACUGACUAUGGCAAGGAGUUGGUGAACAAGGCCAAGGGCCAGGAGCUUCUAGUCCAGGCCAAGGCUUACUUUGAGAAGAUUCAGGAGCGGUUGACACCCCUGGUCAAUGAAGUUAGAGCGGAUCUGCCCAAGUUCUUUAACUAUUUUGUGGACCUGCAAGCACAGCCUGCUACUGCCCAGUGAGGUGUCCGGACCUUUAUCUUCCAACCUCAGGUGGCCCAUAGGACACCCACUGGCCAGGCCUAGAACCCCCUCCCAACCUACUCUCUGUUUUCUAUAAUAAAUGCGGACGGAGUCAAACUGCGAA